AUGGCAUUUCCACGACGUCGAAUACUCAGACUUCUGAAAGCAGUCACAAUGUUUGUAUUGAUUGCUACAGUAUUGUUGAUUUGCAAAUAUUUUAUAAUGAAAAGGGGAAAAGGCAAUCCCAACUCUCUUGAGCCUCGGCUUGUUCCAGUUGCUACCAAAGCGACCAGUCCAGUUGAAGAAGUAGGAACUUUAUCCAAACAAAUUAAAACUGUUUCUAAACCCGAAAAAGAGACGUCAUUAGAAAGUAACAGGUUCUCAGAACUUUUUCAAACUGAGAUUGAUCUGGCAACAAACAUUGACCACAAUGACGGUGAAGUUGCAAAUCCACGAAUUGUCCCAGCUGGAAUGUCACUUGAACGUAUUCAUAGAUUGAAAUAUAAUUUGCGAGGGAAACCGAAUGUUGGUAAAAAAAUCCCUAAUAAAGUGAAAGGCAACCCCAGAAACAGGGAUGUGGCCUAUUUAAGAAGAACCCCAUGCACUAAUGUCCAUGUGUUUUACUACACAUGGUACUGCAAUCCAAAAACGGAUGGGCAAUAUUGCCACUGGAACCAUAAAACCCUACCACACUGGGACAAAGAAAUAGAUAAAAACUUUCCAAAAGAAAUCCACAAACCUCCAAAUGAUAUAGCUAGUGAUUUUUACCCUGAGCUUGGGGCAUAUAGCUCAAAUGAUCCUGAGGUAAUUAGAGCACAUUUUAGGCAGAUUGCAAAUGCUGGCAUUGGCGUUGUUGUCGUUUCCUACUAUCCACCUGGGACUGCUGAUGAUAAUGGUAAACCAUGGGAUAACAUAUAUCCACUUCUUCUGGACAAAGCAAGUGAGUUUGAAAUCAAGGUGGCAUUUCACAUUGAACCUUACAAAAAACGAAACGAAAAUACAGUACGAAAUGAUAUUACUUAUAUUGUUGAUACAUAUGGUUUUCAUAAAGGAUUUUAUAGGUACAGGAUAAAUCAAUAUAUCAGUGUACCCAUGUUUUAUAUCUAUGAUUCAUACUUAACUAAGGCAGAGGAUUGGGCAAAUGUUUUGAAACCUGAUGGCCACAACACAAUCAGAGGAACUAAAUAUGACUCUAUGGUGAUUGGUCUGUUGGUAGACCUUCAACACUCAAAUUAUGUUUCAAUUGGAGGUUUUGAUGGCAUUUAUACAUACUUUGCUGCAAGUGGGUUCACAUAUGGUUCCAAUACCAAAAAUUGGAGAGACAUAUCCGAAAGGUCUGUUGAAAUGAACUUUUUGUAUAUCCCAAGCAUUGGCCCAGGAUAUAUUGAUACAAACAUCAGACCUUGGAAUGAAGAAAAUAAAAGAGAUCGGUCAAAGGGUGAUUACUAUAAAAAUAGCUGGACCUCAGCACUUGCAGUUUCACCAAAAAUAAUAUCAAUUACUUCAUUCAAUGAGUGGCAUGAAGGAACACAGAUAGAGAAUGCUGUUCCAAAAAGUACUUCAAGAAGGGUGUAUUUAGAUUAUAAGCCAAAUCAGCCAAAUUUUUAUAUGAAACUAACCAGAGAGUUUGUUGAUAAAUUUAAAUCAUGUAAUUAAUAAAUUCUCAUGAUACAAUUCCCAGUAAUAUUUAGCAAA